AUAUCUGUAACCUUAAGAACAUGGUGGACCUAAGUCUUUUCUUACCUUUACAAAAGUUUCCCAUUACUGAAAAUAGGAAUUUGCUUUUGGGUAAGUUUCAUAGGAAACCAUAGUCAUACUGAAACUUUAAUGAUUAUAUGUCCUGUAAGUGUAAUGUGUUGUUGGGUUCUAUACAUAUAAGUAUAAUGAUAUUAUCGUAUUCUCACUGAACGCUCUGUUUCUGUGCAGCUACGGGACGAGGGGACAGUGCGCAGGAGAUACUGAUGGAAGAGGGAGAUUCUGUUUCCCUGGGACAAAGGACUGACUUUGAUACAAAAUUGAUGAUGGCUGAUCUCUAUACUAAGGAUCAAUGGAUGGCUUCCUACCAAGAUGGAUUUGAUGUUGUUGAUCAGUACAAGGGCCGCCUCAACUUCCAUACUAAGAAUGGCAGCUUCUUGCUGAGAGACCUGACAGAAGGAGACAGUGGAAAUUACACUUAUUCUGUUCAUCAAGCCAUAAAUGGGAAAAGAAACAUGACCCAGAUCCACAUUCAUCUGACUGUAAGAGAACAAAAGGCGGUGACAAUGGAUCCAAGACGGUUGUCGUCUGGCCACCACGACACCACAUCAGGUACUAAUUCCCUUUCAGACAAUGCUGCUACGGGACGAGGGGACAGUGCGCAGGAGAUACUGGUGGAAGAGGGAGAUUCUGUUUCCCUGGGAGAAAGGACUGACUUUGAUACAAAACUGAUGAUGGCUGAUCUGUACAUUGGGGAUCAAUGGAUGGCUUCCUACCAAGAUGGACUUGAUGUUGUUGAUCAGUACAAUGGCCGCCUCAACUUCCAUACUAAGAAUGGCAGCUUCUUGCUGAGGGACCUGACAGAAGGAGACAGUGGAAAUUACACUUAUUCUUUGCAUCAAGCCAUAAAUGGGAAAAGAAACAUGACCCAGAUCCACAUUCAUCUGACUGUAAGAGAACAAAACUCAGUGACUGCAGAGCCAAGAGGGACCUCUCCCGACCAUAGGGAGACCUCGCCAAGCCCAAUCCCUUCAUAUUCUGCCAGGGACAUUAUGUGGCAGUUGUCCAUCUGUCUGGCUGUUCUUUCGCUGCUUCACCCACUCCUGUGUCUCUGCAGUGUCCUCUGGAGAUGCUGUCAGGGGGGACAAGCAAAGUCUGUUCAAGGAGUUUCAUUCUCCAGUAUCUUAACAAGCGAAACUGACACAACUUUGGAUAUUCCAGUCUCUCCCGGGUCUUUUCCAUCUUCUACCAACCAAACUACAGGCGGAGGGACCCCAUUAUGUUGCACCCUGUGUAUGAAGAUCAGCGGCUACAUGUCUUUGGGGUCCGUGUGGUUCAGCUUAUUAUUCUACCUCCUCUAUGAUAACGGAGAUCUCAGAAUGAUGGUUUGGGUUUUGCUUGGAGUCGCCGUGAUCGUCUCUGGGAUAAACAUCCUCCCUCUCUUUAAAUGCUGCAAAAUUCCACAUGAAGCAGGAGUGUCUGUAUUUCCCUAUGGAAGUUUGUGCAGCAGCAGCAGCAGGGAGAGACCCUGUAGCUUCCGGCUCCUGGAGAUCCUCAGUUUGGCGCUGGUUCUGAUAUUCACACUCUGCCUUUUCCUUUCUGGCUGUAAGUAUAGAGAACAUUGGCUGUAAGUAUAGGGAACAUUGGCUGUAAGUAUAGGGAACAUUGGCUGUAAGUAUAGGGAACAUU